AUGUCGCUAGGCAUAUGGGAAGGCCUUUACUAUACCAUUUUGUGCUUUGUUCAACAUCAGAGAAUUCACACUUUUGAGAAACUCUAUGAAUAUAAAGAAUGUGGGAAGGCUUUUAUUAGAGGCUCAACCCUUGUUAAACAUCAGAGAAUUCAUACUGUUGAGAAAUCCUGUGAAUGUAAGGAAUGUGGGAAAGCCUUUACUGUAUAUGGACAACUUACUCCACAUCAGAGCAUUCAUACUGAUGAGAAACCUUUUGAAUGUAAGGAAUGUGGAAAGGCCUCUCGACUUAGUUCAUUUCUUAAUGCACAUCAGAGAAUUCAUGCAGGGAUAAAGCCCUGUGAAUGCAAGGAAUGUGGGAAAGCCUUUAGUCAUACCUCAUAUACUGUUCAACAUGAAAGACUUCAUUCAGGUGAGAAAUCCUAUUAGUGUAAGGAGUGUGGCAAGGCCUUUAGUACUGGCUUGUACCUUGUUCAGCACCAGAGGAUUCAUACUGGUGAGAAACCCUAUGAAUCUAAGGAAUGUGAGAAGGCCUUUAGAAUACAUGUACAUCCUACACAACCUCAGAAAAUUUACAUUGAUGUGAAACCAUAUAAAUUCAAGGAAUGUGGAAAAACUUAUAGUCAUGCCUCAUACUUUGUACAACAUGGAAGAAUUCAUCCUGGUGAGAAACCCUAUGAAUGUAAGGGAUGUGGAAAGGCCUUUACCCUGUAUGGACAACUUAUUGGACAUCAGAAUGUUCAUACUGGUGAGAAAUCCUUUGAAUGUAAGGAAUGUGGCAAGACCUUUAGACUUAAUUCAUUCCUUACUGAACAUAAGAGGAUACACACUGGUGAGAAACCCAUUAAAUGUAAAAAAUGCAGGAAGGCCUUUAUAUACAGUCCAGCCCUAAAAGUACAUCAGAGAAACCAUAUGGGUGUAGAUUUACUAAGAGUUUAAGGAAUUUGGGAAGUCCUUUAUGGAUGACUCCAACACUGCUCAGGAUUACAGAAUUUAUGCUAAUGAGAAACUUGGAUGUAAAAAAUCUUGGUAUGCCUUUAGAAAAUAUUCUCAUAUUAGAGAAUUCAUAAUGGAAUUCAGAAAACAUGGGGCAUCUGGGGGGUUCAGUGGUUGAGCGUCUGCCUUUGGCUCAGGUCAUGAUCCUGGAGACCCCGGAUCGAGUCCCAUGUUGGGCUCCCUGCAUGGGGCCUGCUUCUCCCUCUGCCUGUGUCUCUGUGCCUCUCUCUCUC